GACAUAAUUACUUACUCCCAGCCCAUUGCUGGAGCUCAGGAAGAUGAACUUCUGAGCAGUAGGGCCACCCUUCAGGGAAGGAGAUCGCAACCCAGCAACCUUCACACCAAAAGAAUCAAUUUAUGCUGAAAUUCAUUAUCAAGCAAUCCAAAACACUGAACGGAUGAAGUCUGGUAUGGGGCAUCUCCUGAUUUCAAUAGUCCUGCUUCUUUUGCAAGGGCAUUUAAAUUGCUUGCUCUUGGAAGCAGGGAAGGCAGAAGUGUUCACAGGACGAUGCAGCCUUUUUGGUGAUGACCAUAUCCAGACCUUCGAUGGCACGUUUUAUGAUUUCCCUGGAGACUGCAGUUACAUGAUGGCUGGGGACUGUGAGAAACGAGCCUUCUCCAUCUUGGGUGAUUUUCAGCAUGGUAAGAAGAAAAGUGUAUCUCUGUACCUGGGAGAAUACAUUGACAUCCACUUGUCUGUAGAUGGUGCUGUGAUGCGUGGAGAAAAAAGAAUUCACUUGCCCUAUGCCUCUAAUGGCAUCUUUAUAGAACCUGAAGCAGGACAUGUCAAGUUGUCAAGCGAAGAGUACGGUUUCAUGGUUAGAGUAGAUACAACUGGAAACAUUCAGGUCUUCCUUUCCAGCGAUCACAUGAACAAAACUUGCGGACUCUGCGGAAACUUUAACAGUCUGUCUGAAGAUGAGUUCAUGUCACAGGAAGAAUUUCUGGUGAAGAACAGCUAUGAUUUUGCCAACUCUUGGGCUGUACACGGAACUGUGAAAAGGUGUAGAAGAGUGUCUCCACCCAGUAAAACGUGCAACAUUUCAUCAGAUCUUACUGGUGAGGAUUUUGUGGAUCACUGCCAGUUACUGAUGACGUCUCCGGAGUUUUUCAAGUGUCACCACCGUGUGGAUCCUGAACCAUUCAUUGCCGUUUGUGAGAGUGACAUGUGCAGCUGUGGCGAUACAAAGGAAUGUCGCUGCCAGGCAUUUUUAGAAUAUGCCAGAACCUGUGCACAGCAUGGCUACAUCCUCAGAGAUUGGACAAAGCAAUCUGCAUGUGGUGUGGCAUGCCCUGCUGGAAUGGAAUAUUCAGAGUGUAUCUCUCCCUGCACGAAGACCUGCCAGAGUCUGAACAUUAAUGAAGUGUGCGAAGAACGGUGCAUUGAUGGAUGCAGAUGUCCAGAGGACAAAGUCCUUGAUGGAGACCAUUGUGUGGAUAUCUCAGAUUGUUCCUGUAUACAUAAUGGUAAACAUUAUGAACCUGGCUCCAGUAUCUCUCGUGACUGUAACUCCUGCAUCUGCAGACACGGAAUGUGGGUAUGCACCAAUGAAGACUGCCCAGGUGAAUGCUUCAUCUCAGGACAGUCACAUUUUAAAUCCUUUGACAACAAGCACUUUACCUUCAGUGGUGUUUGCCAUUAUUUGUUCGCAAAGGAAAUUGAAGACAACUCUUUUGCAGUUACUAUAGAAACAGUGCAGUGUGCAGAUGAUCCAGAUGCAGUCUGUGUCAAGUCGGCAUCUGUGCGCCUCCAGGAUAUGGACAACAUGAUUAUCAAACUCAAGCAUGGUGGUGGUGUAGCUGUGGAUGGCCAGGACAUACAGACGCCCAUGAUUCAAGGUGCUCUCCGCAUUCAGCGAUUACUAAUGUCUUCAGUCCGCCUUAUCUACAACAAUGACAUCCAGAUUGACUGGGAUGGCCAUGGAAGACUGACAUUAAAGCUGAGCCCAACUUAUAAAGGACUGACAAGUGGCCUGUGCGGAAACUACAAUGGUAACCAAGGCGAUGACUUCCGGACACCUUCUGGCCUUGUAGAAGUGCAAGUAGAAGACUUUGGAAAUGCCUGGAAACUUAGCGGAGAAUGCUUGGAUGUCACAAAACAAGACUUGGACCCAUGCAGUCUGAACCCCAAGAGAGCGAGAUAUGCCGAAGAUGUGUGCUCUGUUGUCAUGUCAUCUGAAUUUGAAGUCUGCCAUCAUGAAGUCAAUCCUGGUCCAUAUCUUAAAAACUGUCGCUAUGAUGUUUGUGCCUGUUCUGACAGUAAAGAGUGUCUAUGUUCUUCUAUUUCUACAUAUGCAAUGGCUUGUGCAAGAAAAGGAGUGGUAGUCAACUGGAGAACUCCGGACUUCUGUGCAAUGCAUUGCCCAAAGGGUGAAGAAUAUCAACAGUGUGGAUCGCCAUGCAACCAGACCUGCCGGUCUCUCUCCUUCCCAAACACAGACUGCAGUGAGUUUUGCAUGGAGGGAUGCUAUUGCCCUGCUGGGCUUUACCGACUUGAGACAGGAGAGUGUGUGCCGAAAGCUGACUGCUCUUGUUAUUAUGAUGGAGAGAUUUUUCAGCCAAAUGAUCUUUUCUCAAACCAUCUGACAAUGUGUUACUGUGAGAAUGGAGUCAUGCACUGCAGUAGCAGCGAUGUACCUGGAGCAUAUUUACCUGACCUUUACCUGGAUACAAGACCAGCUUUCAGAGGAAAGAGAAGCCUGACUUGCACUCCCCCAUUUGAGAAGUACAUCUGCCCAGAAGACAACCCCCGUGCUGUGGGUACAGAAUGUGCAAAAACUUGCAAAAACUACAGACUUGAAUGCAUUAGCCAUGGCUGCAUAUCUGGAUGCAUGUGUCCCACUGGCCUCGUAAGACAUGAAAAUACCUGCAUUCCUCAGUCAAAAUGUCCAUGCUUCCAUAAUGGCAAAGAAUAUGCUCAAGGGGAGAAAAUCAAUAUUGACUGUAACACAUGUGUAUGCCACAAAUGGAAGUGGGAUUGUACAAACAUGAUAUGUGAUGGCAGCUGCACGGCCAUUGGAGAAGCAAAUUAUCUGACCUUUGACAAGACAAAGUACAUGUACCCGGGUCCCUGUCAAUAUGUGCUUGUACAGGAUUACUGCCGCAACAAGGAAGGGACAUUUCGAAUCUUGGUCGAAAAUGAAGGAUGUGGUUAUCCUGGGGAAAAAUGUGUAAAACGUAUACUUGUGCUGUACAGAAAAGGAGAGAUUGAGCUAGCAGAUAAAAAGGUUGUGGUACGAAAGCAGCUACAGGAUGAUACAGGUGUUGAAACAAUACAGUCAGGACGGUAUUACAUCCUUUUGCUUGGAAAUGGUGUCACUAUCACAUGGGACAAAGCAGCCAUGGUUACAGUACAUCUGAAGGGGAAAUACAGGGAUAAGGUCUGUGGCCUUUGUGGCAACUUUGAUGGGAUACAGAACAACGAUAUGAUGAGCAGCCAGAACCAGCUUCAAGCUGUCCCCUCUGACUUUGGGAAUUCCUGGAAGGUUCACGCACAAUGUGCUGAUGCAGAGAUGGCAACCCCACCAUGUGCAGAUAACAUGAUGAAACAGAUGCAAGUGGAAAAUGCAUGCAAUAUUCUGCGAAGUGACACCUUCAAGGAAUGCAAAGGAGUGGUUAAUCCAGAGCCCUAUUGGGACAUCUGUGUGUAUGACACCUGUGCUUGUGAGAGUAUUGGAGACUGUGCCUGUUUUUGUGAUGCUCUGGCUGCCUAUGCAUAUGAAUGUGCCCAGCAAGGAGUCCCAGUCCAUUGGCGUUCAUCUAGUCUGUGCCCAUUGAACUGUGAAGAGAAAAACCAUAUUGAGUCAGAUUACAAAUGUGAAUGGAAGUACAACACCUGUUCAUCAGCUUGUCCUAUAACAUGCCAACAUCCGGAACCACUCGACUGCAUUGUGAAAUGUGUGGAAGGCUGCCAUGCUAACUGCCCUGCGGGGAGGAUACUGGAUGAGGUAUUUCAGCAGUGCAUUGAUGCAGAACAUUGUUCUGUCUGUGUCAUCAGUGGCAAAAUGAUUCCUCCUGGAAAGAAAAUAUAUAAGAACAAAGAUGACCCAACCCUCUGCCAGACCUGUGUCUGUAAUAAUACUGUGCUGAGUUGCGUUCCAUGUUUGCCAGAGGAAUUAACAACUCCACCACCUGAAACUACCACAGCGGCACCCACUUUAGAGACAGUGGAGGAACCAGUGCCAGAAGAUGCAUGUAGUCGAAUGAUGGACUUAGCCUUCAUAGUAGAUGGCUCCUCUAAAAUGUCAGAGAAGGGCUUUGAGAUGGUGAAAGACUUUAUUGUCGCCAUCAUGGAACACUUUCACAUUGAUCAGAACAGAAUCCGUGUGGCUGCGAUGCAAUAUUCAUCAGACCUAAACAAAGGUUCAGCAUCACAGUACAAAUCGUACGUUACUGAUAUUUUUCAGCUUAUUAAUGGCAAAAGGCCAUCACAGUUAAAGCAGCUGAUUAGGGAAAUGAAGUACAUUGGAGCAGCUGGUUCUGAUAUUGGUGAAGCCCUGAAGUUUGUAUCAGUCCAUAUAUUCAACAGGGCUCGAAGGUUUAACGCUCCAAAGGUAGUUGUUCUUUUGACAGCCAGCGCCUCUGUACGAGAUAUUAAGUCUUUACUUUCAUAUUGGGCCAAACAGAAAAUUGUGCUACUGUCACUGGGGAUCGGUCCCAACAUCAACAAGAAAGAACUUAAUCUACUUAUAGAUCAGUCACUGGAAAAGAGCAGAGCAAUCUUCCUAGACAGUUCAGAGGAACUGACCGAUCAGGUUAGUGAGAUCACAUACUAUCUGUGUAACCAGGCCGAGCCAUUUGUAAGCCAAGUUACUGAACCCCCUGUUCUUCUUACAAAGCCUACAGCUCUUUCAACGGCUGCUGGCACCAAAAGGCUAUUUUAUUCCACAACCUUACCACCACCAACUAGCAUAACCAUAGAAAAACAGAUUAUUGAUAUGGUCAUUGUUAUUGAAGGGUCUAAAAAUGUAGGCAAAGACGAAUUUGAGGAAAACAAGAAGUUUAUUGAACAAGUUGUUAACAACCUGGAUGUAGGAGAGGAGACCGUUCACAUUACAAUCUUACAAUACUCAUAUACUGUAACAGUUGAAUAUUCCUUUACUGAUACCCAGACAAAAGAAGAAAUCAUAAAGGCAGUAAGGCAAAUGGAGUUUCAGAAUGGUAAUGCCACAAAUACUGGAAAGGCUCUGAACUAUGUGAAGGAGACCACACUAAAUACUCCUGAAAGCAACCGGGAACUUGUACCCAACUUAGUUUUCUUGGUGGCAAGCAACCCUGCUACUGAUGUUAUUACAAAGCCCCCAGACGCAAUUAACAUUAUACCAAUUGCCACGACACCCCAAGUAAAUGUGAAAGAACUUGAACUCAUUGGUAAACCAAUUUUGCUGAACAGAUAUAACAUUAGUACAACAAUACAGAAUGUCCUUAAGGAAGUACAGAUCAUAUCAAAAUCAUCUACUCUGCAACCAGAAGCCCCAUGCAAGAAACCAAUGGAUGUCAUAUUUCUGUUGGAUGGAAGUUCUAUGGUGAGCUCAGAUGACUUUGAAGAAAUGAAAAACUUUGUAAAGUUAUUCAUCAAAGGAGCUGAUAUAGGUCACAAUGCAACACAGGUGGCUGUUCUUCAGUAUGGACAUUCAAAUUCACUAGAAAUCACAUGGACAGAUGCUCAGACUCCUGAAUCCCUUCUUCAUAUGGUGACGUUGAUUCAGCAAGAGCAGACAGGGGCCAACCAUAUAGGAAAAGGUCUAUUGUUUGCAAGUCAGAGUGCUGUGUCGGAACAUCAUGGAGGAAGACCUGGAGUUCCAAAGAUUGCAGUCAUUAUAGUGAUGGGUCCCUCACCUGAUGCAGUGGAAACAGCAGCGUAUGCAGCAAGCAUGGAAGAUCUCUUGGUGUUCCCUAUAGCAAUUGGGAAUCGAUACAAUGACAAUGAGCUAGAGACACUAACUGGCCAGUCAAAUCGAGGAAAUAUAAUCAAACUGAGUGACAUACACGAUCUCCCUACAAUGGUUUCCUUAAAGAAUGACUUCAUUGACAAGCUUUGCAAAGCAACAAGCAAAGUCUGCCGAGAUGAGAAUGGAAAUGAAAGGAAGCCUGGUGACACGUGGAUGCUAGCAGACAAAUGUCACACUGUCACAUGCUUGCCAGAUGGUGAAACCAGAAUGCAAAGCCACAGGAUCAACUGUGAGAAAGUCCCAAAGCCUGAAUGUCACAACAACCUCCCCAGUGUCAAGGUAGAAGAGACCUGUGGAUGUCGCUGGGCCUGCCCUUGUAUUUGCAUGGGCAGCUCAACCAAGCAUAUUGUCACCUUUGACGGGGCAUCCUUCAAGUUGUUAGGAAACUGCUCUUAUACACUAUUCCUGGACACCAUGCACGACACUGAGGUAACACUACACAAUGGACCAUGCCGUACUGCACCUACGCAGACGUGCAUGACAUCAAUUGAAGUGAGAUACAAAGGAAGCAAAGUUCACCUUGAUGAUGACAUGCAGGUAAAAGUCAAUAACAUAGUAAAGUCAACACCUGUCAGAGAAGGGGAUAUCGAGGCUACUGUCUAUGGAGCUAUAAUGCAUGACAUUAAGAUUACAUCUGCACGAUUGCAGCUGACAUUCACACCCCAAAACAAUGAAUUUACAAUCCAGCAAAUUCAAGGGCAGCAGUUUAUGAAGACAUUUGGUCUUUGCGGUAGCUGUGACCAAAAUGAAGUAAAUGACUUUAUGCUAAGGAAUGGCUCAGUAAGUCUGGAUCACAGCAACUUUGUCAAUGAGUGGACCAUUAAAGACAUUGCUGGCAAGAGCUGUAACUCAAGGACCUCUGAUGAAUGCAUGUUUCCAGUGAGCGAAAAGUGCAUGGUUCUCCUCUCAUCUUUAUUUCAGAAGUGCCAUGAAGUGAUACCCCCUGCUCCUUACCUUGCUCUGUGUAAGGAUUCAAGUUGCCAUGGUGAGGACAUCUGUGAUAUCAUAGCUGCAUAUGGCCAUACUUGUAGGAUUCAAGGCAUAUGUGUCAACUGGAGAUCAUCAUCUUUCUGUGGUAUUGAAUGUCCUGGCACCAUGCAGUACGACUUCUGCAGUACAAGCUGUAUGAGGCAGUGUGACAGUGUCACUAGUGCUGGUGCCAAUAGGACACAAUGCACGAAUGCUCCAAAUGAAGGCUGCUUCUGUCCUGAGGGGAAGGUGCUUUAUAAUGGUGAAUGUGUCACUGAAGAUGUCUGCACCCAGUGUAUUGAUGAACAUGGAGGACGCCAUCAGCUCAUGGAAACUUGGAUACCAGCAGGCAACCCCUGCCAGAUAUGCAUAUGUCUAGAAAAUCGGAGAAUGAACUGCACGACUAAGCCAUGCGCUACUGCUGCCCCUCCAGUCUGCGCAGAAUGUGAGAUUCCUCGGUUGCGUAAAACAUCUGAUCAGUGCUGUUCUGAGUAUGAGUGCUUAUGUGAUCUGGCAUCAUGUCAUCUUCCUCCCAUACCUCACUGUGAAGAUGGUCUUAGUCCAGUCUUGUUGAAUCCAGGAGAGUGCAAGUCGACUUACGGCUGUGCUUGCAAGAGAGAAACCUGUCCUCUGGAAAGUCCUCCUCUAUGCCCACACUACAAGACACUGAAGACUAUGAAAACGCAGUGCUGUGACAAGUAUGAGUGUGUUUGUAACUGCAUCAACUCCACCGUUACCUGUCCAACAGGCUAUCAGUCUGACUCAACAAUGAAUGACUGUGGCUGUAUAACAACCCGCUGCAUUCCUGAAAAGGUCUGUGUCCGUCAAGAUGUCACGUAUCAUGUCGGAAGCACCUGGGAAGAGAACUGUAAACAAUGUACAUGCACAAGUCGAGAAGAUGAGGUCACAGGUCUUUAUGUUGUUGAAUGCAUUCAAAAGCAAUGCAAUGAGAUAUGCCCAGUGGGGUAUGUGUACACAAAGCAAGAAGGACUGUGCUGUGGAAAGUGUACCAAGUCUGCUUGUCAAGAAGAGGCUAGAGUUCGAGGAGAUGACGUUUUGGGCCAUACGACCAUACAUGUUGUUGGUGAUGUGUGGAAGUCUCCCUCAAACCCUUGUGUCAUCAAUGAGUGCAUCCAGGUGAAUGGAGAGGCAUUUGUCCAACAGUCAAAUGUGUCAUGUGGAGAACUGCAUGUCCCCAAAUGUCCUUUGGGAUUUGAGUUGCAGUGUAAACAGAUCACAGAAUGCUGCCCGUCCUGUGAAUGUGUACCAGUUCAUGGAUGCAUUAUGAAUGGGACCAUCAUUGGGGCUGGCGAAAUGGUUUUAGUAGAUGAAUGUACCAGAUGUCAGUGUAAUGUGGAUUCUUCCUUGUCGAAGUUCCGACUCAUGUGUGGGAAAGCAUCUUGUCCAUCUUGCCCAGAAGGUUAUGAGGUAGAGAAGACCAAUGGUUCCUGCUGUGGAACGUGUGCUCCCAGUGCCUGCACUGUGAAGUUAACGGAUGGCAGAGUUAUCACCCUACAGCCAAAUACAACCAUUAAGGAUGGAUGCAGAAAGCACACGUGCAAAAUGAAUGUGAAAGGAGGGCUGGUUUGGGAACAGAUGAUUCAGGAAUGCCAACAAUUUGAUCGAGUAAAAUGCCUAGAAGAAGGAGGUAAAGUUGUGCCGAUUGGUGAUACCUGCUGUGAAACAUGUAUAGAAGCUGAAUGCAGGCAAACAACUGGGAUACUCAAGCAUAUUCAGAUUAAUGACUGCAUCACGGAAAAUCCAGUGGAUAUCAAUUACUGUGAGGGAAAAUGUACAACAAAAUCCAUCUAUUCUUUGGAGAAAGAAAAGGUCGAAGACCAGUGCAUCUGCUGCUCGGCUACAAGGACGAAUCCUAAGAUAGUAUCACUACGCUGUACCAAUGGUACGAUGGUACAGCACCGAAUACUAAAUGCAGUGGAGUGCGAAUGUUUGUCUCACCGAUGUGAGAGUGAUUUUGGUCAAAAGCACAUUUAACGAAAAAUAAAGACUGACAUUCUUGGUAUCUCCUUCUUUGAAAAGCAUAAUAAACAUCUUGGCAAUUUGUUUUAUAAUUAAGGGCUCUGCUGCAAUUCUAUAAUUUCCCUGCUAAGUUUACCGGAACAUUUCCAGCUGAAUCAGGUGAUUCAUUAAUGGCUAAUUUCUGUAACAGUGGACUGAAAGCUGAUUAUGUCAUAUUUAUUCAAACAAGUUAGGUGAUAUUUCAAGAGCUUAGUGUUCUUAAAUUAGUAAUUAUUGUCAUAUCAAGCAAUUAAUUAAAACCUACCAGCUAAUGCAGAAAAGUUUAUCACAGUGUAGCACCAGAGGGAGUCAUUUAAUAUGGAUGUAGAACAAACAACAAGACUGUAUUACACCAUUACAAAUAGUUUAUCAUACUAUCAUUUAGACUGGUAGGUCUUUGGGUGUAUUAUUGUCUUAAGGCUUUGCAAGAAAAGCUAGUCAUCACUGAGCAUUUUAUAUGUAUAUACCUAACAGAAAAGAAAUCUUGUCCUGUCUCAUCCAAGACAUGAUAACAAAGAUGUAUCUUGCCAGUCAGUGCACUGGCCAUGCAUAUAGAUUGUUUAAAGCCAUUGUUCCACCUCUGAACAUCUACUAACAAAACACUGAGCUGUUGAAAUAUAGACUUUUCAAGGAUGCAAUCAUUACAUUGUAACAUUUAUGUCAAAUACUGUUAUACUUGUAAAACAACAGUCAUGUCUCAUUAUUUGCUGCUGUUGCACUGUGGUUAGAAUGAACAUUUUUCAAAACACAACAGGUGAUUUUCACAUAAUAAAGGUCAUUCACACUCCA